GGCGGGGCGGCGCGGCUGCAGGGCGCCGCACGGCCCCAGACGGACCGAGCCGCCGCUGCCGCCGCUGCCGCCCCCCGAGCCCAGCAUGGUAAUGGCCGAGCCCCGGCAGCCCCCCCGCUGCUGCCCCGCGGGCCCGGGCCCGUCCGCGUCGGGUUCUACGACAUCGAGGGCACGCUGGGGAAGGGCAACUUCGCCGUGGUGAAGCUGGGGCGGCACCGGAUCACGCGCAGCGAGGUGGCAAUAAAAAUAAUUGACAAAUCUCAGCUGGAUGCAGUGAACCUGGAAAAGAUCUAUCGAGAAGUGCAGAUAAUGAAAAUGCUCGACCACCCGCACAUAAUAAAACUCUACCAGGUGAUGGAGACCAAAAGCAUGUUGUACCUUGUGACAGAGUACGCCAAAAACGGAGAAAUUUUCGAUUACCUUGCCAACCACGGCCGUCUGAGUGAGCCGGAGGCCAGGCGCAAAUUCUGGCAAAUCCUCUCUGCGGUGGAAUAUUGUCAUAGCCGAAAGAUUGUGCACCGUGACCUCAAGGCUGAAAAUCUCCUGCUCGACAACAACAUGAACAUCAAAAUAGCAGAUUUUGGGUUUGGAAAUUUCUAUAAAAGUGGUGAGCCUCUCACCACCUGGUGUGGAAGCCCCCCGUAUGCAGCCCCGGAAGUCUUUGAAGGGCAGCAGUAUGAAGGACCCCAGCUGGAUAUCUGGAGCAUGGGUGUAGUUCUUUAUGUUCUAGUCUGUGGAGCGUUACCUUUCGAUGGACCUACACUCCCUAUUCUGAGACAACGGGUUCUGGAAGGAAGGUUCAGGAUCCCCUAUUUCAUGUCAGAAGAGUGUGAGCACCUGAUCAGGAGAAUGCUGGUCCUAGACCCAUCCAAGAGAUUGACAGUUGCUCAGAUUAAGGAGCAUAAAUGGAUGCUAAUAGAAGUUCCUGUGCAGAGACCCAUUCUCUAUCCACAAGGACAGGAGAACGAGCCUUCCAUUGGAGAGUAUAAUGAGCAGGUUUUGCGGCUGAUGCACAGCCUUGGAAUAGACCAACAGAAAACUAUUGAGUCUCUGCAGAACAAGAGUUAUAACCACUUUGCUGCUAUCUAUUACCUGUUAGUGGAGAGACUCAAGUCACAUCGGAGUAGCUUCCCUGUGGAGCAGAGACUUGAUGCUCGUCAGCGUCGGCCAAGCACCAUUGCUGAACAAACAGUCGCCAAGACACAAGCUGCGGUGCCCACAGUGAACCUGCGUUCACAGAAUGUAAGGCUGCUGAGGUCUCCGGGCCUCCCGCCAGCUCCAGAAGCCUUCUCCUUUCCCCCAUCCAGCUGCCACGUAGAGUCAGCAUUCAUGGAAGAAGAAAGAGUCGAUACCCCAAAGGUAAACGGCUGCUUGCUGGAUCCCUUGCCCCCUAUGGUGAUUAGGAAAGGCUGCCAGUCACUGCCUACUAGCAUGAUGGAAACCUCUAUUGAUGAGGGGAUAGAGACAGAAGGCGAAUCAGAAGACGAUCCCGCGCAGGCAUUUGCAGCCCUCCAAGCAACCCGCUGUGGGAAAAGACGUCACACUCUGGCAGAAGUGACCAACCAGCUUGUCAUGAUGCCAGGCAUAGGGAAAGUCUACUCCUUGGAUGAGAAUCCAUCUUUGGGCAGCAUUGACUCAGAAUAUGAUAUGGGAUCUUUUCAGAGGGAUCUUAACUUCCUUGAGGACACUCCUACACUGAAAGAAAUGGUGCUGGCCAACCAGUCAGCACCCAGAAUGACACCCCCUUUUAUAGGCCUGAGACCUGCCAAUCCAGCCAUGCAGGCACUGACCUCCCAGAAACGAGAGGCCCACAACCGCUCCCCCGUCAGUUUCCGAGAAGGGCGCAGGGCAUCUGACACAUCCCUCACACAAGGAAUUGUAGCAUUUAGACAGCACCUUCAGAAUCUGGCACGAACCAAAGGAAUCCUGGAGCUGAAUAAAGUCCAGCUGCUAUAUGAACAGAUGGGAUCAGAAGAAGAGCCCAACCUAACAUCAACUGCUCCCCACUUGCAGAAUCUUGUCAACAGCCCCCCUCAGGAGGAAGCUUCUCAGCAGCAGGAGACUGUAUCUGCCUUCCCUAAUGGCGUGCAUCCACAGUUAUUAUCCAGACGGCAGAGCUUAGAAACACAGUACUUGCAACACAGACUGCAGAAACCCAGCCUGCUGUCAAAAGCGCAGAAUACCUGCCAGCUGUACUGCAAAGAACUGCCCCGAAGCCUGGAACAGCAGUUACAAGAGCACAGGCUGCAUCAGAAGAGACUCUUCCUCCAGAAGCAGUCCCAGCUGCAGGCUUAUUUUAACCAGAUGCAAAUAGCCGAAAGCGCAUACCCAAGCUCAAGUCAACUGCCCCUUCCAGGCCAGGAGGAGCAGCAGCAGCCGCCGCCACAGUUCAGCCUGGCACAGCCCUUGAGCCCUGUAAUGGAGCCUUCUUCAGAACAAAUGCAAUAUGACCCUUUCCUUAGCCAGUAUCAGAAACUGCAGCUGGAGUCAUUGCCGCCAUCACAGAUCCACAGCUCCCCUCGGCUGCCAUCGCAGAUUCACGUGCAGCAGCCACCACCGCCGCCCUUACAAUAUUCCUAUCAGACUUGUGAAUUGCCAGUCGUCCCCUCUUCUGAGCCAGACUACCCAAACCAGUGCCAGUAUUCCAUGAACCCAGCCCAGCAAAGCAAUGUAGCAUCACCAGAUAGCCAGAGGAGCUCAGCAUCUCAUGAGUCUCAAUCCAACUAUGAGGCGUUAGCCCUUUCAGAGUUGCCAGGACUUUUUGAUUGCGAAAUGAUGGAGACUGUUGACCCCCAACAUAGUGGCUAUGUCUUGGUGAAUUAGCCACCCUGCAGUGUUAACUUAAGAAUGGAAGACAGGUGAAGUGAAGGAAAAGCAUGUGAAUUUUCAUUUUUGUUCCAACCCUAAAAUUCAUGGCUUAUUUUCCAACCCUUGACCUACUGGGGGAUGUAAAAGCCACCUGACUGGUACAAGCCGGAGAUGGCUAAAAGCUACACAGCCAUUAGUUCAUCCUGUCAGUACUAUGCCACAAACCCGGUGGCAGGGGCUGGAGAUGGAUAGUGCAGUUUGGUCAAAUAAAGAACCAGUUUGCAGAGAAGGAGAUUACAGAUGUAGUUUUGAGAGAAAGAAAAGGGGCCCUUCCAAAAACUGGAUACUCUGCUGGCAUCCAUCCAGUACCAGAUGAAACCUGUUAAAGAUCUGCAAAAGAAAGGAGAACGAAUGAGUGACGCAUUGUACUUCUUGGCAAUAAAAGCAAUAUAUUUUUCAUUGGAACUCAGACUUGGGUAACCUGAAGGCAAAUCAAAAACUCUUGAAAUUUUAGUGCAUGGUGGAUUUAAAGGAAAGUUGCACUUUGGCAUUGAAAUGUUGGUUCUAAGCUACUGAUGUUGAAUUAGUCCACAGUAAGUCUCAGAGGACACCAGGUGUUUCUCCAACAGACUUCACAUCCUCCUGCUAGCAAACAGUGUUUCCCCAAACUUGCCAAAAACCUUCUAAUUGCCCAUCAUGGGAAGUUUCUGGAACUUUAACAAAAUGAUACACUGACCUAGUCAAAAGAUAGCUAGGUCUGACAUGGGGCACUGCAGUGUUUUUAGAGGCCUCUGAAUGGGGUACAGAAUACUCCAAAGGUAAAGGAUCAGUUAAUAGAGAUGUGAAAGUACCAAGAGGAGGUCUACAACUGCAGCAAAUGACAUUGUCGAAAAGGUCAGCCAGGGUAGCAUUAGAAAUCAACCCUUUUUGCAGACAGCCUCUUGUGGAGGCCUCUGCCUUGGAGCAGCUCUGGUCACUGGAGAGGAUACAUCUGUCCUCUGUCGCUUUUUAAAAAUAACUAUUUUGAAUUUACAGUCUGCGUUGCUGGUGGUUUAUUAAGCUUUGUAUAUUUGGACAAUUUAGGUUUUAGAACUUAAGGACAAAACAAAAGGAGCUUAAAAACCCCAUGUGAAGUGAUAGUGCUGUGCCUUUUUGGGUUCUUUAUCAGAUUAUAUGCUUUUUUUCCUGAAGAAAGUAGACAAUACCCCAUUUAUAUCCAUGCUAAAGCCAAAGUCACUUCAGAGCACGUGUUCCACCAUGUGGAAUACAAUGUAACUUCCUUAGUGUUUUGAUUGCUCAUCUAUAUGUGAAAUGUUAAAAGUAUUACAGCAAUAUUUAGUGUUAAGAACUGUUGCUAUAUUAACCAUUUCAACAGAUACUCACUUCGAGCAAGCACUUGAGUCUCCAAACCCUUGCAGUUCACAAAAUGCCAGACAGCAGCUGGGCUUUGGAUCCAUAGACGGGACAUAGGUAAUCAACAUAAUUUGGGAUGUCUCCAGUGUUUGAAAUACUGUGAGACAAUAUUAAAGGAGAACCUAGUACCCCAUAGUUGGAGAGUUUAGCCCUUUGUGAGCAGAUGAACACACUAAGCACAAUGCAGGUUCUUUAAAGCACAAAGAACAGCAGAGAAGCAGGUACUGCUUAUGAAAAACACCUUUUGUUGUCUGGAAGGUUUUCCCUUUUCAUUAAGUUCAAAGUGAGGAAAGAGGCUAAAUAUGCUAAUAGCGCCAUCUGUGUCUAUCACUACACAAUCACCAACCUUGCACCUGAGACUUUGCUCUCAAAUCGAAGUCUUGUUGCAAGUUCCCAACCCCACCAAAUCCAGGCUGUCACUUUACACUGACCCACGGGCAAGUUCUCCAGGCACCGUAUAAAGCACCAAGACAGUGAACUGAAUUGGUGGUAGCAGAAGAAAGAAUUCCUGAUACAUUGAGAAAAAGCCCAGUCAGUUUAUAAUCAGAUUUUCUGACCAACUAAUUUCGUGUCAUAAACAGAGUUAUCAAAAAUCAGACUGCAGAACCAUUUUUCCCCUUCAGAGAAUAAGCAGCCAGCACACAGAGCAAUAAUACAGUAUUUACACGGCAAAGGUAAAAAAAAAUACUAGUGACUAUAUAUUAGUCAGCUUUAAACAGGAAAAAGUUCAGCACUGCUGCCAGCAAUUGCCUUAUUUCCUAGUACGCUAAAAUCUGACUGACCUGUGGUGUUUAUACAGCACAUUGUGUAAUAUUGGUCACUAAUCCACUGGUAGUGCAGUCAGAUUUGUUCAAUCAAGGCUUUGUAUUGACUACACAUUGAUUCCAAAGUCAUUGCUGGUGGGCAAUUUGAAAUCCCAUGUAAGCUAAAGCAUGGAGGUUGUGCCCACUUACCCCUUUCUUUAUGGCUAGAUGGCAAAGAGGUCCAGUGAAGUCUAAACAUCUCACCAAGGCAGGUGACCACACGCUGCAAGAGUGGGCAGAAAGGGGGCCCCCCUUAAAUAUUAAGCAAACAUUUGUGGACAUACAAGGCCAAGCUGAAUACCUAGAGAGCUGCAAGAGGGAGAAGCAAACAAUGGAUAUGGAAAUGUCUCCAUAGCAUGAACAAUAAAUUCAGAAGCCCAGUUCUGCACAGGGAGUUGAGUUACAAAACAUGGCCUGCCUCUUUUCUUAACUAUUUCCACAACAAACCCUACCACCCCAUACAUCGUAGGCUGCCAUGGAUCAGGAUUCAGGGGCACAGAGAGCAGAAUUAUUGUUGUGGUUUGAUCUCAACUCAUUUUAGUCAUUUCUUUACCAGAGUGUCCCAACUAGUUUAAACUGCUGAGUUUUGGAAUGCAGGUAUCUAGGGAGCUAAAGAGUUUUGAAUGUUAUGAACAUGAAGUAGCUUAGAUCUCCCUCAACUAACAGCCUGUUUAACAUUUCAUGUCAUUUUCUUUAAAACAUUUCUAAUGCCACACUAGACUAUUUUGUGGGCACCACUCGUUGUAUUCAUGCUACUUUGAAGUGGCUGCUUUUGUUCAAGUCUGUUGUGUCUAACAUUAGAGGAUUGUGUAUACUACUGUAUAGUUAAGUAUUACCUUUAGUAUCUUGUAUUACAGGCUCCUUUGAAGAGACUUUGGUGAGAUGUAUAUGGGGUAAAAAUUUCAUAUGGAGAAAAGUGCAAUAUGUGUGUGUGGUACGUUCUUUAAUGUAUUUUUUUAAAGAGUUAGAGGGUUUAGUCUUUGCUUUGGGAUAAAUGCACUAGUUUUGUGAGCUCCAGUUGGGCAAGUUCAUCUGUAGUAAUUACAUGCAACUGGUAUACUGGACUCUGUAAAGCAAUUACAGUGUAUUCCUACAAAAUAAAGAGUAUGUACAUUUCAUUUUUAAA